AUGUGGUAUAUUACCAGAGAUCAGCUCCAUUGGGAUACAGCUACCAUAAUCUUGGAUGCUUGGGGGUCAAAUCUAACAGACGUGAUUGGCACUGAUACAUCCCUCCUUGUAGCUUUAGACGGUGACCUAUUUGUUAACGCCGCAGAGAUUAUGAGAUGGGAAGGUGGAUGGGUUGAGGAGGGUGCCAAACCUUCGGGGACGUCAGGAUUCUCUAAUCAGCUCUACUGGCUAUUUGCAAGACAGUCUAUCAUAAUCGGCCAGGCUAACUAUGGGCUAGCUAGCAUUAAGGCUCUCUUGUCGUUUGCGGUAUACCUUGACGACGUCGCAAUGUAUAACUAUGCGCUCAAUGCAUAUCAAAAUGAUUUAUGUGCCGGUGCUCUCGGAAAUUGGGACACAGAGACUGGACAGGGCGCCGAAACCGGCAGGGAUCAAGGCCAUGCUACGACAGCGCUCGGUUGGGCUGCCGAAGCCUCUCGAGUAGUUCAGUCCCAGGGAUAUGAUAUCUACUCGCUUCACGAUAACUUAAUCCUCAAGGGAGCCGAAUAUACUGCCAAAUAUAAUCUAGGUUAUGAGGUGCCAUACGACCCAAAGUUUUACCGGUGCGAAGCAAUUCUAGUCAACGGCCCUUGGAGUAUGCCUUCAAACAUUAGUCGCGGCGCUGCCAGCGGACCACAUGUAUGGGAUAUAUUUUAUUAUCAAUAUGUCAUCAAGAGAGGCCUCGACGCACCAUAUGUAUCAGAAGCCAAGUCAGCUCACGAUGCAGCUGGUGGUGAACAGACCAGUUGGUACCAAACCCUUUAA